UUCCAAGCACACAUUCUGUUCGCUAAUCACACGGUAUCUAUUUCUAGCAUCACAGAUGCCCCAAACGAUGCAAGUUUACCGCAGAGUGUUACUGUUACUGUCAAGACGAUAAAUCAUGUAUGUACACAUGCGGAUUGCAAUUGUCUUUUGGCCCCCACCCAGAGUAUCAGAUUGGACCUAGCGCCCAAUCACGACGUAUCUCCGACCUUCCACCAACCGCAUGUGCCACAGGCUUACUCUCACAUCUGUCACAGAGGAUUAUUGGGGGCCAGAGCGAACGGUGGACGUCGUUAUGGCUGUUUCCUUCGAACGACCCUCGAACCUUAAAGCCUUACGACCACCUUAAACAAUGGCUCUUUGGCCGAACCACGCGCAGCUGCUGGAUACCAUGGAGUCCGAGAUCUCACCCAUAGCUGCGAAUCCGCUAUCAAAUACAGUGUUCCACGCUCGUGCGGAUAUCCGUAUCGAAUCUACAUCAAUAGACCCGCCAAUAGAGUCUCAAGAUUGGGGCAGUCAACAACUACUCGACCAUGGCCGGCCGAAUGGUGAGGAGGAGCAUGCAAUCCAGGAACGUGCCGCCGAGAUGCAAUCUUGGUGGGAUGAUGCCAUUGCGAGGAACAUGAAUCUCCCAGAUGGAUAUCAAGAGGCCGCUGUCUUGAUCAUCAAGUGGGAUGAUGAGCUGGAUGAGCUCAAGACAAGAGAUGAGGCCGAGGAACUUGAUCGCGUUUUUCGUGAGGUCUUCAAUUACGAUACUGAGACCGUCGAACUUAACGUUUCCAAAAAGCCGCAGCACCAGAUCAGCCGAUUCAUCAGCACGUUUAUCGAGAAACACGAUGGUCCAAAUAACUUGAUGAUUGUAUACUACACGGGACAUGGCAGAUAUAGAGAGCAUGAGAAAUACCUCGAGCUAUGCGCCAGUAUCAAUCCUGCACAUUUAAGAGGAUUCAACAACGAAGCAAGGGCGAACUGGAACAAGGUGGAGGAUAUCCUUGCGUCAGAAGAUGUUGAGGGGGACAUACUCACUAUCCUGGAUACGUGCUAUUCGAGCAACCAUGUCAAGUCGUCCAGAGAGGAUACGCGUAUAUUUGAACUCCUGAGUGCCUGUGGUUUCGACCAGACCACAGCGUCACCAGGAGAGUAUUCAUUCACGAGAGCACUCAUUGAUGCACUCAAAGCGCUUGUAAAGGAAUAUCCAGGCCGAUCGUUUACAACUUUCCAUCUCAACCAGCGCAUCGUAUUUGACGAACGACGUCGCGAUACCCCUUCGUUACUCAUCUGUCGACGAAAGCGGGAUGAACGACACAUUAGUCUUGCCCCGUUGAAGUCUAGGAAAGAGAGAGCAUGUCAACCAGCGCUCCCACAUCCUCCUCAAGGUUAUCUUACAUUACGCUUCGCCCUUCGUGAUGAAUAUUUGAAUCGUGAACAGAUCGAAUUCCUGGCAAGAAACCUGUCAAAGGCAUUCGGUAACAAAUCGUUCGUUGGUCUUCGUCGAAUGGAUUAUCUCGGCAUGAAGCCCGCUCGUGCAACACCAUUCGGUCGCGCCGCCUUAGCUCUCUAUGCCAUCACGCAGUGGAAGAAGGUUGUCCAUAAAAGAAGAGCAGACAAAAGGGCGGCAGCACGAGCAGACCGGGGCAUUGAUGAGAUCAAACUACCGACGUUUGAUGGAUCCGAGGAGCUUAAGAGUACUUUUACUUCGCCUACAAGAAAACGAAGGCGCGAUACAGAGGCCGAUGAAGGCCUUCCAGAGUUAAAGAAGGGGUUGCUAGAGCUACCUCAUUACCGUAGUGAUCCGCCAUCGCCGCCGAGGUCGGAUUCGUCGAGGGUUGAAGAAGGCGGGUAGCAUGUACAAGGGACUGCAUUUGUUAAAAGGAUCUUUCUUUUCUUGCGGUACGGAGCAUGCAUGAUAAUAUUUCUUGGAUACCCUUAGUUCUUUAUUUUAAUAUCGGAUUGGAAAAGCAUAAUCGGGUAGGCAAUACAUACCUAGUACAUACGCCACCAACUGCGAGUUUACGAAUCUCUGAUUACAUUAAAAGACACUUUGGGAGGUUGUUAACUUGUUGAUAGUUCGGCAUUU